AUGAAGGUCAAAAUGUGCAUGCUCAUCUUGGCUCUGGUUGCAAUCAUUGGUGCCUGGGGUAAGUGUGGUAAGCAAAAAAAAAUGGUUUUUCGGAGAAUGCCACUCUGUGAACACGUGGCAGAAAUCCCAUGGUGCCCCAAGACAUACCAACCUGUCUGUGGAACUGAUGAGAAGACCUAUAACAAUGAAUGCCAAAUGUGUAUUGCAAGAAUAAAAACUAAACAGGAUAUCCAGAUUACAAAGGAUGGAGUAUGCUAAAGAAGAAACAUACAAUAGGAG